AUAAAGGACUUAUCUUAAUUCUUCUUAUAUAUUAAUAUGUGACUACAGAUAACACAUGAGUCAACAUUCAGCAAGAAAAAAAAUCCGGGUAUAAAGAUGACAAAAACAUGAAGCGCAGAACAUAAAACAGGCUCAAGCCCCGCCCCUUCCAACAAUUACGGUGACCCGAAUCAAGCACGCUCUGGAUACCGUCUAAGUGACGCAUUUCCUGGACAAAGGAGAAGGUUUGUUGUCAUUCAGCCGGUUGUCAACGCGCUUGCAUCCUGCGCUGACUCCACGCAGCUUCCAUUCACCCGCUUUGUCACUGUCUAGUUAACCUAUGUGGAACUCUGUCUUAUGAGCAAGGGGUAUUGACUGUAAUGGAAGAAGGAAUUGCUUUCGAAGCUUGAAGUCACCCGGCAAAAUAGAAUCAUCCUGAAGAUGGCAAGUUGGUUGUGGACGACAGGCUAGCAUUAGAUCUCCAAUCCAAAGAUGUGGAUAACGUCUUGAGCCGGCAAUAUCGAUUUUAAGUUAAACGGCAAGUGGCGAGAGAAAGAAUCAGUACUCACCCGACUGGAGAAGGGGAUGGGUAGGCAUGACGUCUUGGAUUUUGACGUGACAUGGUACGAGUGGCUUUUUGUUGUUGAAACUACGAGUAAAACGUGUUCCCCACAGGGUGGGUCGCUAUGGAAAAGUGGGUGGGAGCAAACGAAGGGUUAGUAGAAAGCUCAAUUGUAUUUUAGCCUUAAAUCGGUAACACAGCUGCCGACAAGCAUCUCACCAGUCUGCCCAGUCAAGUGAAUCCGUUCCCAGUCUCGAUUCCAGGCGAUGUGAUCCGGUGCAGGUGUACCUCGUUCUUCCAAGGGAACCGCUCUCCGCGGUGCGUCCUCUGAAGUUUGUUGGAGGUCACUGUUCCACUUUACCGCCACAAGGGAGUGCAGCUCCAGUUUGCCUGUGACGCAGUGAGAGACCCACGGAUACACUGCCCUGCGUUCUACUUUUCAUGGAUGCCCAGGUGGCUCUGCUGCACUUAUGGACAGUCCUUGUCCUGUCAUCAGAACUGAAUUGGAUUGAUACUGCAGAGGUUUACACCAAUGCUUGGGCCGUCCAGAUUAAUGGAGGCCCCGAGGAGGCUGACCGUAUCGCAAAGGAACACGGUUUCAUCAACCAUGGCAAUGUUUUUGGAGAUUAUUAUCACUUCAGACAUCACGCUGUGGAGAAGAGAGCUUUUUCUAGACACACAGGGCUGCACAUCAGACUGCAACGAGAUGCACAAGUUCUGUGGGCAGAGCAGCAAGUGGUGAAAAAGAGGAAGCGGAGGGAUGUCUUUGAGGCACCAACAGACCCCGAUUACCCCAAGCAGUGGUACCUGUCCACUCUGACUCAUCAAGACUUAAAUACCAAAGUAGCUUGGGCUCAGGGCUACACUGGAAAAGGUAUUGUGGUGACUAUCCUGGAUGACGGCAUUGAAAAAGACCACCCGGAUCUUAUCAACAAUUAUGACCCCGAGGCCAGCUAUGAUGUCAAUGACGGAGAUGCGGACCCCCAACCAAGAUACACUCAGCGUAAUGAGAACAGACAUGGAACUCGAUGCGCAGGAGAGGUUGCAGCUGCAGCUAACAAUGGUGUGUGCGGCGUUGGUGUGGCCUACAACGCUAAAAUUGGAGGAGUUCGUAUGCUGGAUGGGGAGGUGACCGAUGUGGUGGAGGCCCACUCUCUUGGUCUCAACCCCCAGUACAUUCACAUAUACAGUGCCAGCUGGGGUCCAGAAGAUGACGGCAAAUCACUGGACGGCCCUGCUAAGCUGGCCAAGGAGGCUUUCCAGCAGGGAAUCGCCAAGGGACGCGGUGGACUGGGCUCCAUUUUUGUGUGGGCCUCGGGAAACGGCGGCAGAGAGAAGGACAACUGCAACUGCGAUGGCUACACCAACAGCAUCUACACGUUGUCCAUCAGCAGCACCACACAAUCUGGAAAUGUGCCAUGGUACAGCGAGCCUUGCUCGUCCACCCUCGCGACCACCUUCAGCUCUGGAAACCCUGGGGAAAAACAGAUCGUGACAACAGACCUCAGGCAAAAGUGCACCGAUUCGCAUACAGGAACGUCAGCUUCAGCACCACUCGCUGCUGGGAUUAUUGCUCUGGCGCUGGAGGCCAAUACGAACCUGACCUGGAGGGACAUGCAGCACCUGGUGGUGAGAACAGCCCAUCCCAAACAUCUCAGCGCAGGAGACUGGAAGACCAAUGGAGUUGGACGCCGAGUGAGUCACUCAUACGGAUAUGGGCUCCUGGAUGCUGGAGCAAUGGUGACUUUAGCGCAAAACUGGACCAGAGUGGGGCCACAGCACCAGUGUGUUCACACAAUGCUCGCAGAACCAAGAGACAUCGGGAGCAGGCUGAUGUUCAGAAAGAGCGUCGAUGCCUGCUGGGGACGGCCUGACUACGUCAGCUCUCUGGAACACGUUCAGGCUCGUCUCACUCUCCUCCACAACCAGAGAGGCAAGCUGGCGAUCCAUCUCAUCAGUCCUCUGGGCACACGCUCUACCCUCUUGUUCCCCAGGCCAAAUGACUUCUCCACUGAGGGAUUCAAUGACUGGGCCUUCAUGACCACCCACUCAUGGGAUGAGGAUCCUCAAGGGGAAUGGACCUUGGAAAUUGAAAAUGUUGCAGCUACUAGCCGUGACUACGGAGUGCUGAGUCAGUUCACUCUCACUCUGUGGGGGACAGGCUACAACGUGGUCAGCCCUUUGUUGUCGGACUUCCCUCGGCCUUCCAACAACAGCUGCAAGACGUUUGAUGCCCAGCAGAUCUGCAUCGAAUGCAGCCCAGGCUUCUCCCUCUUCCUCCAAGGCUGCGUCAAGUUAUGCCCUCCCGGUUUUACGUCGGGGCCGCAGCUCCUUAAUCUCUCUCUGGAGAACUGGGUGGACUUGUCUUCAGUACAAGCCUGCCUGCCCUGUCAUCCCACCUGUCUCACCUGCUCUGCCACGGGGCCCGCAGACUGUCUAUCCUGCCCGCUUCACAGCCGCCUGGUCCUCACCUCCUGUUCGCACCAGAACCAGGUCCAGCGCAAAUCUCCUCUUGCUGGCGGAGAGCCCAGACGAGAGGAUCCAGCGACGGACGAUGAUAAAAGCGGCGGAGGCGGGGAAUCUCCUGACCCGCACUCGUCUUCUCAGCUUCCCGCCGUCGUGGCUGUGCUCAGCUGUGCCUUUAUCCUGGUGGCCUUUGCGGGAGUUUUUCUCACACUGCAGCUGCGCUCGGGUGGCUGGAGAGCCAAAUUGCCCGACAGACGAGUGGACUUUGGUUUUGGCCUGGGCCGAGGACAGAAGAGGAAGGCUCGCAUAUGCUACAAAGGGAUCCCCACCGUGUGGGGGGAUGAGGACAUGACCGCCUACGAGUCUGAAUCAGACAGUGAGGAAGUUGAGGGUCGGAGCGAAAGGACAGCUUUCAUCAAGACGCAGAGUGUUAUCUAGUCGACGCCUGGACUUCCUGUUACAGGGUUCCUCGGUUCACGGCAGAAUUCCGCAAUCUGAAUUUGUAAGUAAAAUCAUGUCGUAGUUGAUCACUAAUCUAUGCUGAUCUGGUCAGAAGUACAGUUUGAAAAAGACUUUGAGGCCAAAAGUACAGGGUGUUCCUAAACAUAUGACAUCAAUUGAAAUAUGCAAAUCUAAUUAAAUCAAGGGUUCUUCGUGCGCUUGCAUGAGUUGUCUCCAUGCUUCGUCCUGCUUUCCCAAAACAAGUACGUUAGGUCAACUCAACUCAAAACUCAUAUAACAGUGGGAAUCUGCAGAGGUGGGCACGUCAGUCUGUCAGUCAUCCUUCCAACAUUAUUUCAGGCUGGCCCACUGCGUCCAUCAGUGGCGGCGAGAGUCACUCUGUGUCAAAAACGUGUUUACUCCGACGCACACAGGCGCAACCGAAGCAGACUUGAAUAAUAAUAAAUAAAUAAAUUGGUGUUGUUUUUACUUUCGGACCUGCAGUUACUUUUUCCCAUAUUGUUUUAAUUUCACCAAUUGUC